UUUCAUGACGCGUUUAAUUAUCUAUACUUGUAUUUCACGCUGUUAUUAUUUACUGACACAUUUCAUAGCCGGUCAUUUUCUAACCAGCUUAGUCCUGAACAGAGUCGCAGGGGGUGCUGAUGCCUAUCCCAGCUAGCAUUAUUCUACAAUUUAUUCAUUAUGCUGUGUAGUGUGUGAGGGCAGUCCGGCGGUCUGUGAAGACUUCACAGCUGAGCACCCUGACUGCUGUGCCCUCCUCACUUCCUCAAGUGCGGCUUUUGGACGCAGUUACGAGUCGCCGAUCGCGAGCCUCUCAAGGGGUGUGGCGCUAGUGUGCGAAUCCGCGCAGCCGCGUGUAUUGGUGGGGCCCGUGCUGGGGUAUCUGUGUGUGACUGUGAGGACACCUCGGGACCACAGACUCCGAGCCGAAAUGCCGCUUACCCAUCUGCUGCCCGCUCCGCUGUGGGAGCGACUGGAUGCGCAGUCUGUUCUGAUUUUCAUCGCCGGCUUUCUGUUGGUCGCCGAUUAUGUUAAAAACAGAGCUCCGAAGAACUUCCCACCGAGCCCACCGGGAGUGCCGUUUUUUGGGAAUGUCUUUCACGUGGACCCUAAAGAGCCGCACAUUUACAUGAAAAAGCUUGCACAAAAGUAUGGCAACGUCUUCAGUCUGCGCCUGGGAAGAUCUCGCAUUGUGGUUGUCAAUGGCUAUAAGAUGGCCAAGGAGGCGUUAGUCAACCAGGCAGAUGCUAUCCUAGGGCGAUCUGAAGACCCUGUAUUUAAAAGAAUCAACAAAUUAUACGGUGUGGUACUCAGCAGCGGGUACCGCUGGAAACAAAACCGCAGAUUCAUGUUGACGACUUUGCGAAACUUUGGUGUCGGCAAAAGCAGUCUGGAGUUCAGAAUCACAGAGGAGUUCAAGCACUUUCAGCAGGCCAUCCAAGAGGAGCAGGGUAGACCUUUCGAUCCUCACUUCCUCAUGAACAAUGCUGUCUCCAACAUCAUCUGCUCAAUCGUUUUCGGCCGCCGCUUUGAGUACAGUGACCAAAGGUUCCAGGAGUUGCUGCAUCUCAUCUUUGAAGCUUUGUAUCUGGAAGGGACAAUCUGGGCAGAGCUGUAUAAUGCCUUUCCCACGAUAAUGAAGGUCCUACCUGGGCGCCACCACGUGAUGUUUGCUGACUACGACAAGGUAGUUGAGUUUUUGAGGACGGAGAUUGAAGAACACAAGAAGCACUUGGAUCCUGCGGCACCACGCGACUUCAUCGACUGCUAUUUGGAGGAAAUUGAGAAGCGGAAGGAGGACGUGAAGGCAGAAUUCCAUGAAGAAAAUCUGAGCUACUGCCUUCUGGACCUCUUUGUAGCGGGAACGGAGACCACGUCCACAACUCUGCGCUGGGCGCUGCUCUACAUGAUGAAGUAUCCAGAUGUGCAGGAGAAAGUCCAGAAGGAGAUUGAUGCCAUUCUUGGUAGAGACCAACCUCCAUUGAUGCAGGACCGGAACAGCCUGCCCUAUACAAACGCAGUGAUCCAUGAGAUCCAGAGAAUGGCUGACAUCAUCCCACUCAACCAGGCCCGCCAAGCCAUUGAGGAUAUGUCUUUGGGUGGGCACUUCAUUCCAAAGGACACCGCGGUGAGCAUCAACCUGAACUCGGUGCUCUUUGACGAGGAGGAGUGGGAGGACCCGUCCACCUUCAAACCUGAGCACUUCCUUGAUGCCAGUGGGAAGUUCUUGAGAAGAGAUGCCUUCUUUGUCUUUUCAGCUGGUAAGCGUUCCUGCGUCGGGGAACCUCUGGCCCGCAUGGAGCUCUUCCUCUUCUUCACAUCUCUUCUUCAGAAGUUCACCUUCCUUCCUCCUGAAGGCAUUGAGCCAAGCCUCGACUUCCAGAAGGGCAUCACACGGGUCCCCGUGUCAUUCAAAAUCCGUGCCAUCCCUCGCUAAAGCGUAUGCACCAGUGCUGCCCCUGCUGUUGAGAUCUGAGCAUUACAGUCUGCACUUUUGCAUAUGGUGCCCCGUAUGCCACUCCACCAGUCUCAGUGAUCCAUGGACGUGGCAGCAUAAAGAAAAUGCUGAUUUCAGGACAAGGUUUUGAAAUCUGCCAAGACAGAUUAGAAGCAGAUCAUCAAGAUGGCUGAUGGGCAGGUGACAGCCACUUCAUCUUCUUCACAUGUAUUAGAAGCACAGCUGAUGUUUUUCUUUAUUAAAGUGAUGCCCUACA